UUGUAAUCUCUCAUCUCUAUCAACAAUUAAUUAAAAAACAACGGAGCCAUGCCCACUGCAUGUCCCAUUUGCUUGCAAGAAAGCAAGGACGAUGAGGUUGCUUCUUUGGACGCAACGUCGUGCUCUCACAGCUUUUGCAAGCCCUGCCUCGCCGGUUGGGUGCAGCAUUGCGAAUCAAAGACCCCACAGGUGUAUCCUGGUUGUCCAACCUGCCGGUUGCCUAUCGAUACAUGGGACAUUGUCCAGCUCUUGGGGCGCCCCUUCCAAGAACGCCAACCAAUGGAAGCAGCAACAGCACAAGAAGAUAUCCAGGAGGACCCAGACGAAGAACUGGAUGGUUGGUUUACGGUUCCCCGUCACGACCCCAACGAAGAACCGGACGAAUUCUUUCAAACCUGGUUGGAAGAAAAUGGGGCUGUGAAAUGCCCCACCCGCCAGUGUGGCAUUUGGAUCAUCAAACCCGAAGGGUGCGACCGUGUGUAUUGCACUUGGUGUAAGAGACGUUUUUGCUUUGUCUGCGCCCAGCAGGGGGUGCCUUGUGCUGGCCAUUAUGAUGACGAGUAUCCUCCGAAUCAGUGUUGGUAUUGUGGUGCGUACGGUUACAAGUACGAUACGUACUACCGGAAGAGGAAUGGCACAUACUACCCGUACUGCCCUUGUCAGAGCCCAGGUUUUUAUGAAACCACAGAGCUCAUCGAAUCAAUCGCGGAUGGGCUGAAGAGUAGCCGUGGUGGCAAGAAGCGUUUGUUGUGGAAAGGCAAUUCCCGGACUGGCAAAUGCACCAAGACACGCCGGGGUGAUAUCAGCGUGAAACGAAGCGACUUGGCAUCCUCCUCCAAGACAAGGACGCAAUCGGAAGGGGACAAACGCAAAAAGCGCAGCACAGGCAAAAAAGCCAACCGUGCCGGCAAGGCGCAGGGCAUUGCCCUCACUGCUCCUUGAUUCAACCAUCACAGCCAUCAAUGAUGGGCUUUUGCACGUUGCUCAAGCACGGGGAUGGUUUGUAGUAUCUAAUCAAACUCAAACAAUCAUAGAGAUGUUUAUAAUUUUGCCUGUCUUCAUGUC